UUCGCUCCCAGCACAAGCCUCCUCAACACCUUCUCCGUCGUCUCCCUCUCUUCCUCAUCUCUCACCCCUCUCUCCUCGGCUAAUGCUUCAAGGUAAUUAGGCUUCUCGGGCGGUUGAUUGACAAUCAUGUCUCUGGAUCGGGAAAUCAGGAUGCAAACUUUGUUGCUUAAUUUUGUUCUUGCAACCUUGCUCUUUCUGAGCGCGAUCAAAGAUGGAAAUGCCGGAACCACUAGCAGUUUCAUACGAUCAGAGUGGCCAUCUGUUGAUAUCCCUCUUGAUAACGAAGUAUUUGCAGUUCCAAAGGGUCAUAAUGCACCUCAACAAGUGCACAUCACUCAAGGUGAUUAUGAUGGAAAAGCUGUAAUCAUCUCAUGGGUCACACCGGAUGAACCAGGGCCCAGCAAAGUACAAUAUGGGAAAUCAGACAAUAAAUAUCAGUUUAGUGCAGAAGGGACGGUGACAAACUAUACCUUCUACCAAUAUAAGUCUGGCUACAUUCAUCAUUGUCUUAUUGAAGGCCUUGAGUAUAACACUAAAUACUACUACAGAAUAGGAAGUGGUGAUUCUUCUCGAGAAUUUUGGUUUGAAACACCUCCCCAAGUUGACCGAGAUGCUCCUUACAAAUUUGGGAUCAUAGGUGAUUUGGGCCAAACUUAUAACUCUUUUUCCACCCUUGACCACUACAUGAAGAGUGGAGCAAAGACUGUCCUAUUUGUUGGAGACCUUUCUUAUGCGGAUAGGUAUAAAUAUAAUGAUGUUGGUACACGAUGGGAUACAUGGGGUCGGUUCGUUGAAAGGAGUGCAGCAUAUCAGCCAUGGAUUUGGUCUGCUGGAAAUCAUGAAAUUGAGUACAUGCCCGACAUGGGGGAGGUUGUUCCUUUCAAAUCCUAUCUUCACAGAUAUACUACUCCUUAUCUGGCUUCCAAAAGCAGCAGCCCUCUCUGGUAUUCUAUUAGGCGUGCAUCUGCUCAUAUCAUUGUGCUAUCCAGCUAUUCUCCCUUUGUAAAGUACACACCCCAGUAUGUGUGGCUCAAUGAAGAAUUGAAGAGGGUUGAUAGGGAUAAGACCCCUUGGCUCAUUGUUCUGAUGCAUGUUCCACUAUACAACAGUAAUGAAGCUCACUAUAUGGAGGGUGAAAGCAUGCGAGCAGUAUUUGAGAGCUGGUUCAUUCAUUACAAAGUUGAUGUGGUUUUUGCUGGCCAUGUCCAUGCUUAUGAAAGAUCAUACCGCUUCUCCAAUAUCAACUACAACAUUACAAGCGGCAACCGCUACCCUAUACCUGACAAAGCAGCUCCUGUGUACAUAACUGUCGGAGAUGGAGGAAAUCAAGAAGGUCUUGCUGCAAGAUUUUUAGAACCACAACCAGAAUAUUCUGCCUUUCGGGAGGCCAGCUUUGGACACUCAACUCUGGAGAUAAUGAACAGGACUCAUGCUAUGUACCACUGGAAUCGUAAUGACGAUGGCAAGAAAGUGCCAACUGACUCUUUCAUACUGCAUAAUCAAUAUUGGGGAAAGAAUAGGAGGAGAAGAAAACUGAAGAAGUAUUUUGUAAGCAGUGUUCUUGGAAGGCUUGCCUCCGAUUUAUAGGAGCCUAAAUCUUUCUCUCAGGUGACGUUGUGGAAUGAACAAAAUGUUGUCUUUUCCAAGAUGCGUGGCUUUCAGUUUCCCGUUGUUCGUAAUGCUCGUUUUCGAAAAUGAUUUGUUGUCUUAGCCUAAAUGCAUGCCUUGUAUUCCACACGUUAAGAACUAAUAGUUAUCCGUGUUCAUGUCUGGAUUUUGGAGAGAAGGAACAUUCCUUUUAUCCUUGGGAAAUUGCUGAGUAGAAAAUUUGGAGUUGAGGAAGAGAGGAGAAUAAGAUCUAAUUUAUGAUGGUAAUAAUUUUCUUAUUAAGUGGCUUCUCUUUUUUGUAAGUCAUAACCUGCGCCAUCAUAUUGUGUUUGUAAAUUAUGGUUUUUCUUGAGGAACUGAUUUUGCCCGCAUUUCAAAAUAUAACGCUUUUGUAA